AGCUGCUCUAGCGUGUCCCGGAGCAGAGCCAGACAUAUUUGAGAUUUGGAUCUAACUAAAGACCUUAGAGAUUCCGGCGCAGCUAUGUCGGUGUUAGAAGAAACCCGACCGUUUGCUCAGCAGUUAUCCAACGUCUACUUUACGAUACUUUCACUUUUCUGCUUUAAACUCUUUGUGAAAAUCAGCCUCGCCAUCCUCAGUCAUUUCUACAUCGUGAAAGGCAAUCGCAAAGAAGCAGCCCGCAUAGCGGCUGAGUUCUACGGAGUAACCCAAGGGCAAGGUUCUUGGGCAGACAGGUCCCCACUGCAUGAAGCAGCAAGUCAAGGUCGUCUUCUCGCUCUGAGGACAUUGCUGUCACAGGGUUAUAAUGUAAAUGCAGUAACUUUAGACCACGUCACCCCACUGCACGAAGCCUGCCUGGGAGAUCACGUGGCGUGUGCCAGGACCCUUCUAGAAGCUGGAGCAAAUGUGAAUGCAAUCACAAUAGACGGUGUGACGCCACUGUUCAAUGCGUGCUCACAAGGCAGCACGAGCUGUGCAGAGCUUCUCCUGGAAUACGGUGCCAAAGCCCAGCUGGAGUCGUGUCUUCCUUCUCCCACCCACGAGGCUGCCAGUAAAGGUCACCAUGAGUGUCUGGAAAUACUGGUAUCCUGGGGCAUCGAUGUUGACCAAGACAUUCCUCAUCUGGGGAGCCCUCUCUAUGUAGCGUGUAUGUCCCAGCAAUAUCAUUGUGUCCGGAAGCUUCUUUAUGCAGGCGCUGAUGUACAGAAAGGCAAACACUGGGAUACGCCAUUGCAUGCUGCUGCUCAACAAUCCAGUGUGGAGACGGUAAACUUACUGCUGGAGUUUGGAGCAGACAUCAAUGCCAAAAAUGCAGAGCUCCUGAGACCAAUAGAUGUAGCUACUUCCAGCAGCUUGGUGGAAAGAUUGUUGCUUCAGCAUGAAGUGACCCCCAGCUCUCUCAGCCAACUCUGCCGACUCUGUAUCAGAGGCUGCCUCGGGAGACACAGACUACAACUUAUUCCACAACUCCAGCUGCCAACAUUAUUGCAGAAUUUCUUACAGUACCGAUAAAGCAGUAACAUAGUUCCAAAUCCCCGGGAAAUCAAAACUUUCUAUGUCAUUUGCAGAGAGUAUAUUUCAUAUUAAGGUAUGCUAAUAAUAGGAGAAAAAUGACUAUGAGGUUACCCAGUAAAGAGGUAAAAUAACAGUUUAAAUUUUAAGUGUUCUAGUUAGUUCUACUGUUUUGUGCAUUUUUAUUGUCCUUGGAGUAUAGUACAUAUAGUACAUUUUAAGUACAUAUAUACUACUAGUGAUUGCAAUAUAUCAUGUUGAUUUAGAAACAAAAUGA